GGAAGUAGUAAAAGCCGCUCGGAGGUCUGAGACGUCUCAUUUGAGAAAGUAGUAAAAGCGGGCCGGGCGCUGUGGACUGGCCGGUGGGAUGGCGGAUGAGGAAGAGGACCCCACCUUUGAGGAAGAAAAUGAAGAAAUUGGAGGAGGUGUGGAAGGUGGGCAGGGUAAAAGAAAGAGACUUUUUUCUAAAGAAUUACGAUGUAUGAUGUAUGGGUUUGGGGAUGACCAGAAUCCUUAUACUGAGUCGGUGGAUAUUCUUGAAGACCUUGUUAUAGAGUUCAUCACUGAAAUGACUCACAAGGCAAUGUCAAUUGGAAGACAAGGUCGGGUACAAGUUGAAGAUAUUGUCUUUCUGAUACGGAAGGACCCAAGGAAGUUUGCGAGGGUUAAAGAUUUGCUUACUAUGAACGAAGAAUUGAAACGAGCUAGAAAAGCAUUUGAUGAAGCAAACUACGGAUCUUGACAACUUUGGAACUUACUGAAGCUUCCUUAUCUUCUGGGGAGACCAUAUAUAUAACCAUAUGUUUUCCAUGGGAAGGUCCCCAUAACUAGCGAUGUAAGUGAAAGGUGGAGAAGCACGAAGUUUCCCACCUUUAUUUUCAUGUCUUCUAUUUAAGAGUGAUAUUUGAGCCCUAGCUGGUUUGACUCAGUAGAUAGAGCACUGGCCUGCGGACUGAACGGUUCAGUUCUG